UCUGCGACGGCCGAAGAGGUGGUCGGGUAGUAGGUGCUGCCUGCUGGGCUGCUGGCUGCUCCGCUUCUGUCCGCUCCGCGGCGGGAAGCGCCUUCCCCACAGGACAUCAAUGCAAGCCUGAAUAAGAAAAACAGUUUCUUCCUCCUAAGCCAUGGCAUAUCAGUUAUACAGAAAUACCACUUUGGGAAACAGUCUUCAGGAGAGCCUGGAUGAGCUCAUACAGUCUCAACAGAUCACCCCCCAACUUGCUCUCCAAGUUCUCCUUCAGUUUGAUAAGGCUAUAAAUUCAGCAUUGGCCCAGAGGGUCAGGAACAGAGUCAACUUCAGGGGCUCUCUAAAUACGUACAGAUUCUGCGAUAAUGUGUGGACUUUUGUAUUGAAUGAUGUUGAAUUCAGAGAGGUGACAGAACUUAUUAAAGUGGAUAAAGUGAAAAUUGUAGCCUGUGAUGGUAAAAAUACUGGCUCCAAUACUACAGAAUGAAUGGGGAAAAAAAUGGCUUUUUUAUGCCAUCUUCUGUUAUUAUUCAUCGCUUUUUUGAGGAGAAGCAUAGAAGAGACUUUUUUUAUUUAUUCUAGCAUCGCAGAAAUGACUACACUGUGCUAUACUAUCAGAAUUCCAAUAGAAAGAAGCUUGUAACUAUAGCCUCUUACCUUUUCAGCAUGAAGAAACAGAAGUUUUUUUUAAUAACAUUGUUGCCUUCCUAAAAACAUUCUUUAAUAAACUCAUUUUAAAACUCAA